CGGUGGGUGGACGUCAGGUGCCCACCAAAGAUGCUCUAUCAUUCCCUUCCUCGGCUGGACAGAGGAGAGAAAAUGCAAUGAAAGGGUCGUGGGUCGAGAUAAGGACAGGGAGAGAUCAUUUACCAGUUACUGUCACCGCCAGGACAGACUGGAUUUAGGAAAAUCGGUUGUUACACGUAGGUUGAUGCCUGUGAAAGAAAAAGAAGCCUCUCAGAAGGAAGUUAUUCUUCUGGCCAAGAUGAAGCAUGCAAAUAUUGUAACCUUCUAUGCUUCUUUUCAAGAAAAGAACAAGCUUUAUAUUGUGAUGGAAUACUGUGAUGGUGGAGACUUAAUGACACGGAUAAAUAUGCAGCAUGGAGUGCUGUUUGACGAGGACCAGAUUCUGAGUUGGUUUGUGCAGAUCUCUUUGGGUUUGAAGCAUAUUCACGACAAGAAGAUUUUACACAGAGAUAUAAAAGCACAGAAUGUUUUUCUUAGCAAUAAUGGAAAGGUAGCAAAGCUUGGGGACUUUGGCAUAGCAAGACAGUUGAACAGCACUACAGAGUUUGCUCAUACCUGUGUAGGGACCCCCUAUUACCUGUCACCUGAGAUCUGUGAAAAUCAACCAUACAACAAUAAAACAGAUAUUUGGUCUCUUGGCUGUGUGCUUUAUGAGCUAUGUGCACUGAAGCAUCCUUUUGAAGGCAAUAGUUUGCACCAGCUGGUGCUGAAGAUUUGCAGAGGCCAUUUUCACCCAGUGUCUCCGAACUAUUCGUAUGAUCUGAGGAUAUUAAUUUCCCAGUUGUUUAAAGUAUCUCCAAGAGAUCGACCGUCUAUUAAUUCUAUUCUAAGGAAGCCCUUCUUGCAGAAGCUCAUUCUCAGAUAUUUGCCCCCUGAGCUAAUACAGGAAGAACUCAGUCACACUGUGAUAUAUAGAAAAUGGCCUUCGUCAUCACAGUCUGGAGCCAAGCUGAUACAAGAUACACUUCAAAAAAGGAGAGCCCAGGACCAAGUUUCUCCAGAAUCUGGAAUGGUGGUGCCUGUCAAGAAACAGGAAUUAUUUCAGAGAAAUGAAUUGAAAACUCCUUCAAGAGGGCAACAGCCUAUUUUUCAGCCACAGACCUCCAGAUUUAAGAUGGCAGAGGAGCCAGAAAGUACUAGAGCACAUGGCCAUUAUGGUCAUUACUAUGAUAAGCUUGACAACUUGCAGAGGAAAGCUAAUGCACCUUAUGAGCUUUCUCGUAUCAGCCAAAGAGUUGAGGAAUAUUACAAAGUAAAAGGACACAUUGCAACUCCACCACCACCACUUGACUGGCCUGCAGAAUAUCUUCAAAGGCGUCUUGAAGCUCAACAGUACAAGAUUAAAGUGGAAAAACAGCUGGGACUGCGACCAUCCUCUGCUGACGUGUAUCAUGACCAAAUAGAGCAGCAGAAAGUAAAGAAAGAACAUCUCAAAAACCAUCAGCAGGACAUAUCUAGAAAGAAAGAAAUGAAAGAACAGGAGUACCUGAAACAAUUGCAGAGAAUUCGAGAAGAAUACCACCGUGGUAUAAAAGAUUUCAGAGUUAGAGCAGGAGUGCACCAGGAGAAUCGAAAAAUACAAGAUAAAACUUAUCUUGUGAGGCAAGGGAAAGCUGAGGACCAGUCUGAAAUUGAGGAUGCAGCUGGAACAGGAAAAGAAUCUCUUCAGGACAUGGAGAAAAACUUCAAACAAGUCAGACUCCAGGAUAGGCAAGACCAAAAAAUCUUAGAAAAGAAACACAACACAAAGGGAGGAGUAAAGUUUGAAAUUAAUUUAGAUGUAUGUGUUCCUGAAGAGGACAGCGUUCAAGAAGCAGAGAGUAACUUAUUGUUUUUUCAGGUACCAGAUAAACUCGGUCAGACUUUAACUUUUGUGGAUGGUGAGAAUCUUAAGGAGAACUUGGUGGAAGUUUAUGAGGAUCAUGUGGAAAGAGCUUUGGAAGAACUCUCUGCAUACCAAACAGAGUACAAAGACACAGAUGAUAGGAAAGAAAACAGAAAACAUUGGCAAGCUGGAGCCCCUCAGACACCAAUGAAUUUUUUAGCCGAUGCUGAUGUCACAUCUGUAUUACCUGCUAUGGCUGCAAAUGAACUUGCAGACCAUGCUGUUCUGCCUGAAGACAUCCCACGAAACAGGAAGCAAUGGAAACGAACACCAGCAGGGACACUCCUGAACAUAUUAGUCAAAGCAGAGCUAUCUAAUGAUUCCUUCAUGCACCUUGGAGAAGAAACAGAAGGGAGGUUAACUAUGUUGCCUCUGAAAGAAAACAAGGAAGAUGAUUCAGAACCGUACUCUGCUAUUACUAUUGAUGAAGACCGACUUGAGCCAAGAUCAGAUGAUGAAGACACAAAUUUUGAAGAUUCUGAAGAUGAACUCAGACACGAGCUGCAGGAAUCUCCGGAAAAAGUGGCAGCUUCUCCAGCAGAGAGAAACAUGGAAUCUUCCAUUCUUUCAGUAAAUAAAGAUCAAGCAGAUGAAGAAAAGAUGAGUUUACCUCACAAACUACUUGGAGGAUCUGAUGAUGAUGAUUUAGAAAAUAAUCAUGGGUCACUUAGUGUUGACAUACAUAAUGAAAAAGGCAAGCAGGAAGCCAGCACUACCUAGAACACUGGCACUGUUACUCUUUCAAAACUUGCUUGAAAUUUUAGCCACAUCAGUGACAAAAUUUAAGGAUAGCAGAUAUUAAAUGCCAAGUAAAUCAGCUGCUUUUCAACAGUGCUAAAUGCUCAAUUAAAGUUAAUAGAAGAUUGUUACUAUUUGUUUAAAAGGAAAAAAAAUCAGGCUACUUUUCAGGUGUCUAAAUGUUGAAAAAUCCUCUUCCAGACUGAAAUGCAUUUUCAUCUGUUCUAAACUUCCUGGGACAUCUCCGUCAACACUUGCUUGAGCAAAUUCCUGAUUGCAUACUCUCAUUUUUGUAUCAUGUAAGAAAAUCUCCUAGUCAGUAUACUGUAUUUCCCCAGCUCAAUCAAGUUAUUUUAAGAAGCUCUUCUAGCUUUUCAUAAUCUCUCUGUACUGCCAAUACAGUUUUGUAAUCUAUAAUUUCGUUUACAUGGUACUGACUGUACAUAAGUAUCACCAACUGCUCAGCAGUUUUAUACAGUAGCAGUUAACGGGUUUAUUAGCACCCUGAGACUUGUGCAUUACCCAGUUCCUAUGAAAAUAUGGGACAGUAGGUUCUUCCCACCUUAUCUUUUCAUAUACAAAAUUUCAUAUAAUCCAGACAAAGCACAAAAAGAAGGAAAACCACAUUCUAAAGUAUAAUUUCCGUAGCUUUUUCAUAGACUUGCAGAAUCAUUUUGGGGAGGGGGGUAAUCACUGACCUGGCCCUGCUGGCCACACUAUUUAUGAUACAGGCCAGGAUGCUGUUGACCUUCUUGGCUGCCUGGGCACUAGCUGCUCAUGCUCAGUGGUCAUCAGUCAGCACCUGAAGGUCCUUUUCCACUGAGCAGCUUUCCAGCCACUCUUCCCCAAGCCUGGAGCAUUGCAUGGGGUUGUUGUAGCCUAAGUACAGGACCCAGCACUUUGCCUUGUUGAACCUUAUCCCAUUGGCCACAGCCCAUGGAUCCGGUCUGUCCAGAUCCCUCUGUAGAGCCUUCCUACCCAAUAGCAGAUAAUGCAACACAGGAAACGUGUGAUCAGUUACUCCAGGGGAAAGAGAAAUGCAGGGUAUGUGCAAGUCUCAGGGAGACAACAAAGCUUUUCUUAGUUUGCUAAAAUAUACUGCUUCAAUGGCUCAGAAAAGGACUCUAUGUUUUUUUCAUUUCUGAUACAAAAGCAGAUGUCCAAUUUCUUAACAUUUUUUGCACAGCAUUCCGUUUUAUAAUAAACAGUAGCUUAGGGCUUUAACAUUCA